AGGCAGAUGCCUGUGCCGCCGAUUGGCUGAUCCCAGGUCAGAUGACCAUAAUCAGGGCAGGGAGCAGCAGCACUGAGAGGGAGAUGCUCCAGAUAAAAGCAGCUCCGCGCUCCACCGGACCACCAGAACCGAGCCAGAACCGGACCACCCGAGGGACCAGGAGCAACUCUGCCGCCGGAGUGUGAGAGCCUGAGAGCGGCCUGAAGACCUGCGGCGGCUCGGAGCGUCCGGAGCAGAGAUCGUCUCCCUGUCACCCAGUGCAUCAUGGGAUCUGCAGUCCUCCCUGCUCUUCUUCUCUGCCUCCUGGCGUCGUGGCUGUGUUGUGGCGUGGCCAGCCCAGGUGGCGCUGUGGCGUGCCCGCUGCAGUGUGUGUGUGAGACCCGGCCCUGGUACACCUCGCAGUCCGUGUACCACCAGGCCCGCACGGUGGACUGCAAUGAGCUGCACCUGCGCAGGGUUCCAGCCGACAUCUCGUCAGACACUCAGGUGCUGCUGCUGCAGAGCAACAACAUCUCCUCCAUCACCACCGAGCUGCAGAGCAUGAGCAACCUGACGGAACUGGACCUGUCCCAGAACCGCUUCACUCAGGUGAGCUCCAUGGGCCUCUCCUCUCUGACCCACCUGGUCACUCUCUACGUGGAGGAGAACCUGGUUGAAGAGCUGGAGGACUUUGGUCUGAGGAACCUCUCCAGCCUGGAGGAGCUCUACAUCAACCACAACCACAUCUCCUCCAUCGGACCCAAAGCCUUCGCUGGUCUCACCAACCUGCUCAGGCUUCACCUGAACUCAAACCGCCUGGAGGCCAUCGACAGCCGCUGGUUUGAGUUCCUGCCGUCGCUGGAGAUCCUGAUGAUCGGGGAGAACCCCAUCCUGGGUCUGGAGGAGAAGAACUUCCUGCCUCUGUCUCGCCUCCACAGCCUGGUUCUGGCCCGGAUGGGCCUGGUUUCUGUCCCGUCUGCAGCCUUCGUGGGCCUCGACUACCUGGAGAGCCUCUCCUUCUUUGACAACAAGCUGCGGUCCGUUCCUCGGGACGCGCUGAGCUCGCUGCCCAACCUGAAGUUCCUGGACCUGAACAGAAACCCCAUCAGCCGCAUCCAACAGGGGGACUUUCAGAACCUCCAACAUCUGGAGGAGCUCAGUGUGAACAGCAUGGAGGAUCUGCUGAUGGUGGAGCGAGGAGCCUUCCAGAACCUGCCAGAACUCACCAAGCUGGAGCUGUGCAGCAACCCGCGGCUGUCCUUCAUCGACCCGGACGCCUUCAGAGACCUGCCCUCCCUGCGGACUCUCCUGCUCCUCAACAACCAGCUGGGCCUCCUCUCCGGGGACCUCCUCUCCUCGCUGCCGUCUCUGGAGGAGCUGGCUCUGCACUCCAACCCUCUGCGCUGCGACUGUCUCGCCUCCUGGGGGCCUCACCUCGGAAACCGCUCGCACCUCAAGCUGCAGGAGCCUUCCAUGACCGUCUGCUCCUCCCCGCCGCACCUGAUUGGCCGGGAGCUGCAGGAGGUGGUGGCGUCCGGAUGGGGCGGGGCCGGGGGCGGGGCCAACAGCUGCUUACCUCACAUCUCUCCUCACGCCUUUCCUCCAGCCAUGAACGUCAGCGCGGGUCAGCCAAUCACACUGGAGUGCUGGGCCGACGCUGACCCCGCCCCCCAGUUCUACUGGGUGACGCCGACCGGAGACAAGGUGAGCUCUGAGGCGGUGGCUGCACCAAUCAUAUCAGAGGAGGGGCGUGGCCUGAGCAGGAAGAGGAAGCAUCACAUGUCUGAGCCCGGAGCACUGGUGAUAGAACAAGCUGAGCCUUCAGACUCAGGUGUGUACACCUGCGUGGCCUGGAACGCCGAGGGGGCCGACACCAAGAGCAUCUCGGUGUCUGUGGACUCCCGGGGGUCCGGAGGAGGCAGCCGCUGGCGUGACGAGCCCGAUGAACAGAGGCUGUGGUCCGGGGACUCCUCUCUGGUGGUUCUGGCUAAGGUGGUCCAUGCCCAGUCGGUGGUCCUGGAGUGGAAGUUGCAUCCCAGCAGAGGAGCCUCCUCUGUGGGUCUGAACCAGAACACCGGGCUGGUCCGGUGGACCAGUGCAGUCGUGCACAUCGACAACCCUCAGAUCAGCUACACGGCCAAGGUCCCAGCUGAUGUUCAGGAGUACAAUCUGACGCACCUCCUUCCAGCCACAGAGUACCACGUCUGCCUCACCGUGUCCUCCUCCCCCACGCCUCCUCCCGGCUCCCCACCCCCCUCCCUCUCCACCCUCGCCUCCACACCUGUCCACACCUCCUGCCUGAAUGUCACCACCAAGGAGGCGGGUUUCUCUGUGGAGCUGGUGGCGUCCCAGCGCAGCAGCGUGGCGCUGGCCGCCGUCCUGGGCUCCAUGUUCGCCCUGUCCAUCAUGGCGCUGCUGGUGGUGUACAUGGGCCGCCGGGUGCAGCAGCACAAGUCCUGCGGCCAUUCUCUGAAGAAGUACAUGCAGCACACCACGUCCAUUCCCCUGAAGGAGCUGUACCCCCCCCUCAUCACGCUGUGGGAGAGCGAGGCGGAGAAGGAUAAAGACGACAAGGAGGAGGAGGAGGAGGCAGGGAGGGAGGAAGGAGCACGGGGUGAGGGGGAGGUGGGGAGGAGUCAGAUCAACACCACCAAGACUUACAUGUGGUAGCUGGUGGGGAGGGCGGGUCAUGUGACUCAAGGAGAAGCCUGCCAGACAAACAUCAGGGUGAAAAAACCCGUCGGUUGACUUCAGGUUUCAGCUCAGUAAUCAUGGCUCCUGAUUGGUCCGUCACCUCCUGCUGGUCACUCUUCCCCAUCAUCACCUGCACAGGCAGCAGAGACCCGGUCCAACCCGCUGGUACCGGUUCUGAUCCUGGGGAGCAGGACGUGAUGUGGAGAUUAAAUCCCAGAUCAGGUUUCUGGGUUCCCCCCCACAGCUCAGCAGCUGCACUUCCUGUGGACACGUCUGACCGAUGCUGGUCAAGCCGCGGCGCGGGGACCGCCAGCGGGCCGUCAGACGGUUUAGAUGGGACAGCUCAGGGUCCGCAUGUCCUCACCUCCGUCUCCUGUCUGUGCAGCACUCUGUCAGGAACUGUUCUGCCUAGAAUUCAGCGAGGAACGUGAACGCAGUACAGCGGCAGGCUGAAACGUCAGGAGCUGAUCACCAGGGUUCCCACAGGCUCAUUAAGAGUCUAAACAUGGUUAAAACAGCAACAUUUCAACUUAAAAUUCUAUUUAGUCAAGUCUUUUAGCUUUUCCUGCUGAUUCUGGGGUAACCGGACUUUGAUUUUGUGUCUUUAGUUGUUUUUCCUCGGCACUAAAACGAUUCCCUGGAUCUGAUUCCCCCUCAGCUUCAGCUGAUGGCUUGUUUUAGUAAAAAUGACUUUUAUGUGCCGUGGAUGCAGCCGGUGGGUUAAAACUCAGAAGUUAGUUCAUAACUGGAUCAUUUCUACAUCCAAACAAGUAGAUAGAUUAAGAAAAACAUGUUAACUUGAAAGACUUUAUUCUAAAACUAAUUCUUUACCACAUAACGACACCAGUACCGGUUCCCUGGUACCAUCGGUACCGUUCGGUCCAGACGUGACCGGUACCGUCUCUACGUAGAUGUGAGCGGCUGCAGCUGGACAUACGCAGACGGUUUUAAUUCAAACUAAUCUUUGAUAAAUAGUUUUAAACUGUUCACAACUUUAAAGAGUUUAGCUUGCAGCCAGUAAUCUUCAUUAAUCACACAAUAAUCACAGCAGAGUAAGGUGAUGAAUAAAGCGGCACAUUAGUUUUAUUUGGAGGUAAAAUGUCUCCAAAGCUAAUGUUCCACAUUCAGCUGCAGUAAAUUUACUUUGUUUAUUGAUAAACUGUAGAUUAUAACAUCUGAUUUGGUGAGAAAGCUCAACUGGUGGAUUUAGUUUGUGCACAUCUGCAUUUUUGAUCAGAUGAUAUUUUUGUUU